CCUCCCAUCCCCAAAAUGAAACUAACCACCACUCUAACCCGCCCUCUCCUCCGAUCCCAUCUCCCCAAACUCCUCACCCCAUCCCCAUCCCCAUCCCCAUUUUCAUACACCCCAAUCCGCCACCUCGGCAUCCCCCCCGCCUACCUCCUGGACACCUACAUCCCACGCCACCAACUCCUCACCCCCAUCGAAGUCUCCAAAAAGCGCUCCCUCGCCCACGCCCACCUCCAAAACUGCAACCUCUGUCCCCGCCGCUGCAACGUAAACCGCUACCACAAAACAGGAACAUGUAUGAUCGGCGCCGAAACGGCAAAAGUGAAUGUGAUUGCGCCUCAUCGCGGCGAGGAACCCUGUAUCCAGGGGUAUUGUGGAAGCGGGGCGGUGUUCUUCUCGGGAUGUAAUAUGCGGUGUGUGUUUUGUCAGAAUCAUGAAAUAUCACAUACAUUAUCCGGUCACGAUCUCACGCCUACGGACCUAGCAACCUGGUACCUCCGAUUACAGAAUGUAGGGAAAGUGCAUAAUAUCAAUCUCGUGACGCCGGAACAUGUAGUUCCGCAAGUGGUGCUUUCGAUUCUCGAGGCGAGGGAGAUGGGCCUUUCGAUUCCGGUUGUGUAUAAUACGUCUUCGUUUGAUUCGUUGGAUUCGUUGAAGUUGUUGGAUGGGGUGGUGGAUAUCUAUCUUCCUGAUUUUAAGGUGUGGAGGGUGGAGACUGCGAGGCGGUUGUUGAAGGCGGAGGAGUAUGUGGAGACAGCGAAGGAGAGUAUUAAGGCGAUGUAUGGACAGGUGGGGGAUUUGUGUUUCACGAGUGAUGGGAUUGCGAAGAAGGGGGUGUUGGUGAGACAUUUGGUGAUGCCAGGGUUGGAGGAGGAAGGGAGGGAGAUUAUGCGGUGGUUGGCGAGGGAGGUUAGUAUGGAUUUGUAUGUUCAUGUUAUGGAGCAGUAUAGGCCGGAUGCGUAUGUGGGGAGGAGGAAGAGGAGGAAUGUGGAGGGAGGUGGGGAUGGAGAGGUGAGGUAUAAGGAGAUCAAUCGGGCUGUGAGAGAGGAAGAAUGGGGGUCUGUGAGGGAGGCGGCGGUUCAGGCCGGGUUGUGGAGGUUUUGUGAGGUUAAUGAGAAAGGGGGGUUUCAUUUGUAG